CUCCCCCUCCCCCCGCGAAACCACCGCCCCUCUCCCUUGUCGCCAGCCUCUCCCUCGGCUCUCUCCACCCCUCGUGUUCUCCGCCCUGCUCGCCACCAGCCCUUCCCCUCCCGCUCCAUCCGGGUCGCUGACGGCUGUCUCUCGGUCGGGAGAGUGCAGGCGGCAGCUUCUCUCUGAGGAACCUGGGAAAGUUUCACCGGAGAGCCGGGCAGCAGAGGCAGCAGUGCUGCGGCCGGGACGCGGGAGGAACCGUGGUAAUCGCCGCGGUCGGCUGAAGGAGGAAGGUCUCGGGAGCCGGAGAGCGGUCCUGAGGUCCAGGGAGCGGUCGUCCUCCAUCGCCUAGGGCUCUCCCUGUCGUGAGGGACCGGAUAAGAACUUCAGUUUUCUGUUGAUGUGGAGACAUCGGCUACCUCCAAGUUCCCGGUGCUUCAGAAGGGACUUUUGUAUUGAAGCUGGAAGACCAAAGUCAUUGCAAGCAUGUUGUGCUGGGGAAACGCAUCCUAUGGACAACUAGGUUUGGGUGGAAUUGAUGAAGAAAUUGUACUAGAGCCCAGGAAAAGUGACUUUUUCGUAAAUAAAAAGGUCCGAGAUGUAGGAUGUGGACUCAGACAUACUGUGUUCGUCCUGGACGACGGAACUGUGUACACAUGUGGAUGUAAUGAUCUAGGACAGCUAGGUCAUGAAAAGUCCAGAAAGAAACCAGGUAAAGGAGAUUUUCUGUUUCCAAUAAUUGACCAUUUUACUCCUGAAAUGGUGUUUUAUAUGACGUCUGUAAAUCCUAAACUUUCAGGCUUUUUCAAGAUUUAAUAGCAAAGUAAGAGUUAAACAUACUCUUGACUUUACCAUGCUUCUUAGGAAGUACAUUGGUUUGUGGAUUUUUCUGUUUGUUUGUUUUUAAUUACUACUGCUAGAAUGACCACUGAUUAUAUGUGGUUGAAAACAGUAACAAAAAACCCGUAGACUUCAGCGUUUGUAUAGAUUAUAAAGUUAUCGAGAUCUUUAAUAAGUUCAGCUCUCUUGAACAGAUUUUGAAUUCCUGAUUUGCUCUCUGUGCUGUUUCUGUCCUCCUGGGGGAUGGAGGGGAGUGGUGGUAAAAGAUUUUUAUUUUCAUUUACUUGCAUAAAUUAUACCUUCAUUCUUCCAUUUUAUCCCCAUUAUACUUUACAUAUGUAAUUUUUGUUUUGCUUAGAAAUACUGCUUAAUUUCCGAAUUGCUGUGUCCAUGUUUUCAGUGCUAGCUUUUAGGGCUGUGGAUCUGAGGUGGUCUGACUGGAGAGAUCUAAGCAAAAUGUAAAAUAAUUUAUUAGGUAAUGAGCAUUGGAAACACUUGUCAGCUUUCAUGGUCUGUUUUUCUGGAUGUUGUAUUUAAAGUUAGAUAAUAACACAUUUGAGGUAGAAUUGUUAGGUAUUUUGCUCUUGGUUGUGGUAACCAGAAGCUACUACAGGAAAGUAGUAAAUUCUACGCUUAGUUUCACAAUAAUGAUACGUACUGAUUCCCUACGGCAGUCCUUUCUCUUAUCUCAUUGUGUAAGGUGUUUGUUUGAUUUUCUUUGUUUUUCGUAGCCUUGUUUUGACAGAUCAACAUAGGUAUAAACACUCAGGUAAUAAAUUGAGGUAUCUUUCAUAUCCUCUCGCCACCAUUGCCAUCCUUAACUCCAAGUAUUCUGAAUUUGCAGAUACUCUAGCUUUUAUUCUUUGUGGGCAGGGUCUUAAUUUCUUUUCAACAUGUCUCCUCAUGCUCUGUAACUUGAUUUUACUGAAUGAAUGAGAGCGUUCCCUUAAUACAAUAGGUCUGAUUGUUGUAGAAUUCAAAGUAAAUGAGUUUUUUUUUUUUUUUUUUUUGUAUUAUAUUUCAUGAAAGACUCUCUUAAAGAAUAGUACCAGAUUUUCAUAAUCAUGGGCAUUGAGGUGGGUGUGGGUGGUAAUUUACUAUCUGUAUGUACAUUUUGCUUGUGUGGGAAUGCUACCUCAAGUUGAUAUUUUCACGGUGUUGGAACUACAUAGUAGGUGUAGGAGUUGCCAGUAUGCUUACUUACUAUAACUUACUGAGGUUUAGAAAUUUUAAAUGUUACUUUAAUGUUUACAUCAGAGCCCUCCUGCCCCCACCCACGCCCCCCACAUGCACCAGUAGGUAGUAUAAACUUAAACCGAAUGGAUGAAGUUUGGGGAAAGCUGAGUGCUUUUUGGUCUUGUUGACAUUGUGAUGGCUGUAUUGUGACAUCUCUGUCUUCUAUGAAUUCAUCCUGGAAGCAUUAUUCAGUAAUGCAAAGUUGAAGAGUAUGCUUCCACUUUCAGACUGACUUACUGCUGUCCACAUUGCUGUCCACGGCAUACAGAACAAUCCUAGAAAAGGAAAGAGGGAAGAAAAAAGAGCUUUGUGUUUCAGAGAUUCAGACCUUCAGUUAGCAGGUUGUUGCCCUGGAUGCCCAAAAUAUCGUAGCUGUUUCAUGUGGAGAAGCUCAUACAUUAGCACUUAAUGACAAGGGCCAGGUGUAUGCUUGGGGUCUCGACUCUGAUGGACAGCUUGGCCUGCAAGGAUCAGAGGAAUGUAUCAGAGUACCCAGAAAUAUUAAAAGUCUUUCGGACAUCCAGAUAGUACAGGUUGCAUGUGGUUACUAUCAUUCACUUGCACUUUCUAAAGCAAGUGAAGUUUUCUGUUGGGGACAGAAUAAAUAUGGCCAGCUCGGUCUCGGCAUUGAAUGUCAAAAGCAAACCUCACCACAGCUGAUUAAGUCUUUGCUUGGAAUACCAUUCAUGCAAGUCGCAGCAGGAGGAGCCCAUAGUUUUGUACUCACCCUUUCUGGAGCUAUCUUUGGAUGGGGACGUAACAAAUUUGGUCAGCUAGGUCUUAAUGAUGAGAACGAUAGGUAUGUUCCUAAUUUACUAAAGUCACUAAGAUCUCAGAAAAUAGUUUAUAUUUGUUGCGGAGAAGAUCAUACUGCUGCAUUAACCAAGGAAGGUGGAGUGUUUACCUUUGGAGCUGGAGGCUAUGGCCAGCUGGGUCAUAAUUCUACCAGUCAUGAAAUAAACCCCAGGAAAGUGUUUGAGCUUAUGGGAAGCAUUGUUACUCAAAUUGCUUGUGGAAGGCAGCAUACUUCUGCAUUUGUUCCUUCUUCAGGACGAAUUUACUCCUUCGGUCUCGGUGGUAAUGGGCAGUUGGGAACUGGUUCAACAAGCAACAGAAAAAGCCCUUUCACUGUAAAAGGAAACUGGUUUUCUUAUAAUGGACAAUGUCCACAAGAUAUUGGUUCUGAAGACUAUUUCUGUGUCAAAAGAAUUUUCUCAGGUGGAGAUCAAAGCUUUUCACAUUACUCUAGUCCUCAGAGCUGUGGACCUCCAGAUGACUUUAGACGCUCUGACCCUUCAAAGCAGAUCUGGACAGUGAAUGAAGCUCUGAUUCAGAAAUGGCUCAGCUACCCCUCUGGAAGGUUCCCUGUGGAGAUAGCCAAUGAGAUAGAUGGAACAUUUUCUUCGUCUGGUUGCCUAAAUGGAAGUUUUCUGGCUGUUAGCAAUGAUGAUCACUAUAGAACAGGCACCAGAUUUUCAGGGGUCGACAUGAAUGCCGCUAGACUCUUAUUCCACAGACUCAUACAGCCUGACCACCCGCAGAUAUCUCAGCAGGUGGCAGCUAGUUUGGAAAAGAACCUUAUCCCUAAACUGACUAGUUCCUUACCUGAUGUUGAAGCUUUGAGGUUUUAUCUUACCCUGCCAGAGUGCCCCCUGAUGAGUGACUGCAACAAUUUCACAACCAUAGCAAUCCCCUUUGGCACAGCCCUUGUGAACCUAGAAAAAGCACCACUGAAAGUACUUGAAAACUGGUGGUCAGUACUUGAACCUCCACUAUUCCUCAAGAUAGUAGAACUUUUUAAGGAAGUUGUGGUACAUCUUUUGAAACUCUACAAGAUCGGCAUUCCCCCUUCUGAAAGAAGAAUUUUCAACAGUUUUCUUCAUACCGCAUUAAAGGUUUUAGAAAUAUUACAUAGGGUAAAUGAGAGAACAGGACAACUUAUACAGUACGACAAGUUUUACAUACAUGAAGUCCAAGAGCUGAUAGACAUAAGGAAUGACUAUAUCAACUGGGUCCAGCAGCAAGCCUAUGGAGUGGAUGUCAGCCAUGGAAUAACUGAGUUGGCAGAUAUCCCUGUGACAAUUUGUACAUAUCCAUUUGUAUUUGAUGCCCAGGCAAAAACUACUCUGCUACAGACAGACGCAGUCUUGCAGAUGCAGAUGGCUAUUGACCAGGCCCAUAGGCAGAAUGUCUCCUCUCUUUUUCUGCCAGUGAUUGAGUCUGUGAAUCCUUGCUUAAUUCUGGUUGUUCGCAGAGAAAAUAUUGUAGGAGAUGCAAUGGAAGUCCUCAGGAAAACCAAGAAUAUAGAUUAUAAAAAGCCACUCAAAGUUAUAUUUGUUGGAGAAGAUGCUGUUGAUGCUGGAGGUGUACGCAAAGAAUUUUUCUUGCUCAUCAUGAGGGAAUUAUUGGAUCCUAAAUAUGGCAUGUUUCGAUAUUAUGAAGAUUCCAGGCUUAUUUGGUUUUCAGAUAAGACAUUUGAAGACAGUGAUUUGUUCCACUUAAUUGGUGUUAUCUGUGGAUUAGCAAUUUAUAAUUUUACUAUUGUGGACCUCCACUUCCCUUUGGCUUUAUAUAAGAAGCUACUGAAAAGGAAGCCAUCCCUGGAUGAUCUGAAAGAGCUGAUGCCAGAUGUAGGGAGAAGCAUGCAACAAUUGCUGGACUACCCGGAGGACGAUAUAGAGGAAACAUUUUGUCUAAACUUUACGAUCACAGUUGAAAAUUUUGGUGCAACAGAAGUGAAAGAGCUGGUUCUGAAUGGUGCAGACACCGCUGUUAACAAACAGAAUCGGCAGGAGUUUGUUGAUGCCUAUGUGGAUUACAUAUUCAAUAAAUCAGUGGCAUCUUUAUUUGAUGCUUUCCAUGCCGGCUUUCAUAAGGUCUGUGGAGGAAAAGUUCUUCUGCUCUUCCAGCCCAAUGAAUUACAAGCUAUGGUUAUUGGGAAUACAAAUUAUGAUUGGAAAGAACUGGAGAAGAAUACAGAAUACAAAGGAGAGUAUUGGGCAGAACAUCCCACGAUAAAAAUUUUUUGGGAAGUAUUUCAUGAAUUACCACUAGAAAAGAAGAAACAAUUCCUAUUAUUUUUGACAGGUAGUGAUCGAAUUCCUAUUCUUGGUAUGAAGAGUCUGAAACUAGUCAUCCAGUCAACAGGAGGUGGUGAGAGCUAUCUCCCGGUUUCCCAUACCUGUUUUAAUCUUCUAGAUCUCCCAAAAUAUACAGAGAAAGAAACCCUACGAUGUAAACUGAUCCAAGCUAUUGAUCACAAUGAAGGCUUCAGUUUAAUAUAACCUUGGAGUUCUGACUUUCUGUUUAGUGCAAAGGCAUCAAACUACUCGUUUUUCUUGUGAAUUCAGCAGUGAGAGUUACUUCUGUAAUUCUUGCCUAAAAAUUGUUCACUACUGUACUGAUGAUGAAAGCCAAAAAUUAAAAACUGUACAGAACCAUGAAUUGUACCAUCCUCAUAAACAUACAAGUAUUGUGAAUACAUUAAAGUUUUACUAACAGUAA